AUGCCGUUGGGAGUCUUCGUGGGAGUGAACCAUCAUCUACAGAGCACCAUAUUUGCUGGUGCCCUCGUGCGAGAUGAAACAAUACCGUUGUUCGAGUGGGUUUUCAAAACAUUUCUGAGGUGUAUGAACAACAAGCCGCCAAUCUGCAUGCUCACAGACCAGUGUUCUUCGAUGAAGGCAGCAUUAAAAACUAUCCUCCCAGAUACACUGCAUAAGUUGUGUCGGUGGCAUAUCAUGAAGAAGUACAAAGACCACCUCGCCUUGCUGUAUAAGGUGCACGAGAAACUCAAGGAUGACCUCAGUGCGGUGCUGAACCACCCACUAAUGCCGUCAGAAUUUGAACGAGCAUGGAAGGACCUCAUUCAGAGAUACAACUUGCAAAACGACGAAGUGAUGAAUUCGCUGUGGGAUGACAGGCACGAGUGGAUCUCGACUUACUACAAGGAAAUUUUCUGUGCUCGGAUGACUUCCAUGCAGAGAAGCGAGAGCAUGAACCGCAUACUGAAGAAAAACUUUGUCAAAGAGAAGCAUGAUCUCCAUCUGUUUGCUCAGCAGGUGGACAAGUGCAUUCAGACCAGGAAGGCCGUCGAGCACGCAGAGACAGUAGCAAAUGAGUCAGAGGUAAAGACAACAACCCAGUUUGGGUUCGAAAUUCAGCUAUCAAAAGUGUAUACAAGGGCAAUGUUUGCAGAUUUCAAAGAAACACUCUACCAUAGCACUACAUUCAGAGCAGAACGGUGCCCUGAGAACCCGACAAAGUGCGACUCCUAG